AUGAGUGGGUAUUUCUUUGUUAGGAAUUUAGGAGAGGAGUAAUAAGGAUAUGUUUUGAAGUAAUAAAUUAUAGUUAUAAUUAGAAAUAUACAUCUAAAAAGAUUCCAUUAAAUUAUUUUUAGAGCGCCUUUAGAGUCAUACAAAGUUGUCAAAGUGUUCUAAUUGAAACCUGUAACAAUUCUGCAUAUUAUAUUUUGCAUGAGUGAUCCCUUUAUAAGAAAAUUCGCAAUGAUUAAUUAUAAUUAGAGGCAAUCCUAUUUUACUGUCUUAGUAAUAUUAGCUUUGGGUUAAUUGCAUAAAAUAAUGUGAUUCCUUUGGAUUUAAACUCUGAAAAUCUAUAUUUGAUGAAGAAAGAUAACCGAAAAUUACAUGGAUUGAUUUAAGUAAAUUAGUGAAAUUAACUUAUUUGGCUAAUAGUCUUGUGGAAGUUCUGGGUUUAAGGCUCCUGAAACCAUUAAGGAAUAUCGCUGUAAUCACAUUCUGGAUUAUUGGAAUUUAGCUGUGUUGUUAUAUGAGUUUUCAAAUCUAAAACAUCUUUUUAAGGGCAAGACACCCUAUUAAGUGUAUUAGGCCAUUCUGAAUAGCAAAGUUGAAUUUCUUUAAUGA